AUGCCAAUUGCUCAGAUACUGAUCUGUGUGCUAGGAAUGUCCAUGUGCCUUUAUUCCUUGUCCCCGUGGGCCUUUCCUGUUGAACUCCACAACUACUUUACUUCGAAAUAUCUUGGCUAUGGUUCCUUUUUAACAUUCUGGAAUAUUUACUUUACUUUGAUCACAUUUGCAUCCAAACUGGGAUAUUUGAUGAUCAAAAAACUGAUAGGUAUCGGCGCCUUUACAUACUUUCUACAUAUUACCUUUUCAUUUCUGUUUCCUCUUUCGCUCAUACUUUCUAUUAUUGUCUUUCUUGGAUAUUGGCCACUGAUGCUCAUCAAUUACAAUAACUUUUAUCCUGUCUUUUUGACUGAAAAGAACAUUAGAAACCCCAUGUUUACAGAUCUUUGUCUACACCUUUUCCCUCUCUUGAGCCUUUCCCUGCUCAGAACAACAGCGAGGUUGAGCUGCUCACUGAUUAAUAUAUUUUUCAUUUUCAUAAUUGGAUUAGCAUAUGUAAUAUCAGCCAACUAUGUAUUUUACAUUGAAGGUGCCUGGCCGUAUCCGUUUAUGGACACAUUCGGAUGGAUAGAGGCCAAUGUGCUGUUUGCGGGUGGCAUAAUCCUCAGUAUUGGAAUACUUUUGAUUCUUCGUAAGGUCCAACCGAGUCGUCCUAGAAAGUAA